CCUCUGAAGUCUUCUUGCCCCAGCUGCUGUUGCCCUCCCUGGUGGCUACCUCAAACAAAUCCUCUGUGGCUGGGUACGGUAGCGCUUUGCAGACAAAUAUCUUAACGCCUUUGUGGGUUCUGCUUUGCACUGCUUUUUACGUGGGCAAAUCUGGAGCGGCAAGUAUUUGCAGCUCUACUGCUCUACUUCCUGAGAGGUAGGAGGAGGCUGAGGCCGGCAUAGAGUUCGGGCUGACUAGGGUCGGGAAGACACCAUCUUACCCGGAUGUUGCGUUGGCUGAUCGGGGGAAGCCGAGAACCUCAAGGACUGGCAGAGAAAUCUCCUUUACAGACAAUAGGUGAAGAACAAACCCAGAACCCCUACACUGAACUGCUUGUACUGAAAACUCAUCAUGAUAUUGUACGAUUUCUGGUACAGUUAGAUGACUACAGAUUUGCAUCUGCUGGUGAUGAUGGACUCGUAGUUGUAUGGAAUGCCCAGACAGGAGAAAAACUUUUGGAACUCAAUGGACACACUCAAAAGAUAACAGCUAUUACUACAUUUCCUUCCUUGGAAGCAUCUGAAGAAAAAAAUCAGCUUAUCUUGACAGCCUCUGCUGAUAGAACAGUUAUUGUAUGGAAUUGUGAUACUGGCAGACAAAUUCAGAAAGUAUCGUGCUUCCAGUCGACUGUAAAGUGUUUAACUGUUCUUCAGAGACUAGAUGUUUGGCUCUCUGGUGGGAAUGACCUGUGUGUGUGGAAUCGAAGAUUAGAUCUCCUGUGUAAGACUGGUCACCUUUCUGAUACAGGGAUCAGUGCUUUAAUUGAAAUACCUAAGAAUUGUGUCGUGGCAGCAGUUGGCAAAGAACUGAUAAUUUUCAGGUUGGUAGCACCCACAGAAGGAUCACUAGAAUGGGACAUUGUUGAAGUUAAGCGCCUUCUUGAUCACCAGGAUAAUAUUCUCUCAUUGGCUAAUGUCAAUGAUUUGAGUUUCGUGACUGGCUCCCAUGUCGGAGAGCUGAUCAUCUGGGACAUCCUGGACUGGACCGUGCAGGCCUGUGAGCGCAACUUCUGGAACCCGCCUCCACAGCUGGACAGCCAGCAAGAAAUAAAACUCUGUCAAAAACCAAAUGAUGUUUCUAUUCAUCAUUUCACAUGGGAUGAAGAGAAUGUAUUUGUUGCAGUUGGAAGGGGUUUAUACGUGUAUAACCUUCCAAUGAAGCGUGUGAUUGCCUGCCAGAAAACUGCACAUGACUCCAGUGUCCUACACAUUGCCAAACUUCCAAACAGGCAGUUAAUCUCAUGCUCAGAAGAUGGCAGUGUACGCAUUUGGGAGUUACGUGAAAAACAGCAGCUUGCAGCUGAACCUGUACCAACAGGUUUUUUUAACAUGUGGGGAUUUGGACGAGUGAACAAACAAGCCAGCCAACCUGUUAAAAAGCAACAAGAAAAUGCCACUUCAUGUUUACUAGAACUUAUUGGAGAUUUGAUUGGACACUCAUCAUCUGUAGAGAUGUUCCUAUACUUUGAAGAUCAUGGACUAGUGACAUGCUCUGCUGAUCAUCUCAUUAUUUUGUGGAAAAAUGGAGAACGAGAAUCUGGAUUGCGCAGUUUAAAAUUAUUUCAAAAAUUAGAGGAGAAUGGUGACUUGUAUCUUGCUGUCUAGUUUAGGGGUUUUGGAAUACCUGUGCAUGAACUUUGAAUAUCAAAUAUAGGGUAAUACUCUGAAAACCAUUAACAUGUUGAUCACUUAAUGUGUAAUAUAUAUUUUUGUCACUUUAUAAACUUCUGAUUGUGUGAAUUCUUUUUUGUAGGCAUGCAAAGCAGCAACAAGUUGCUUCUUAGGUGUGAGUACAUCCACCAAAGAAUAUACCACAAGUGUUUUAGCAGGGAAUUUUCAAAAAGUGAACUUUGCAGAUCAUACUACAAAUAAAUAUCUGUUGACACAGAAUUAAAUUACACCAUAGAAUCAGUACAAUUUAAAAAUAUUGUUAUGCUUUAAUUUUACACUAGAAAUAAUGAGCUUAAUGAGCAUAGUACUUAGAAUCUCUUACUUUCUUUGUUUAGUUUAAUUUUAUUACCUCUAGUUAAAUUCUGAUAAGAUUUUUUUAAAAGUUGCAUAUAGUUUUUAAAAUUUAUUUAGUCAUUAGAUUGUGAAAUACUUUUGUUCUCCAAAAUGAAUAUUUUAACUAUACUUGUUCAUUUCUUUAAACAUUUAUUUAUUUAAAAGCCUACCUUUAAGGAAAUCAGUACACACGAUAAUUAUAGAAGAUAUUUUGGGAACGAAACCCUCUGAAGAAGAGGUGGGAUGCAGCAAAACUUGAACUUAAACCUUGAGAUCUCCAGAAAACUCUUCCUGCCGUGCAGGAAACAGGGAUUGUGCAAUGGCCGCACUGUGGGCUUCUGCUGGGGUGCGGUGAGUGCUGUUCUGUGAGCUGCUUCCCUUGAACUUGGGUCUUGUGAGGAGGUGCACGUAGAGCAGUAAAGUUGUGGUAUUAAUGAGAAGGUUUUUAUUCUUUGGUUAUCUUUAGGAGCCCAUUUAAUUAAGAAUUCUUGUGAUAAAUUUAGAUAUAUCCUUUCUCCUACAAAUUUCCUUGGUAUUUAGUAACUAAUCAUCAAUGCUCUAUAGAGCAAACUUGAAUCUCUCACUGUUUAACUACAACUUUAUUUUUUUUGGUGCCAACUAAUUUGUUUAUUUUUUUUUAGAUCUAUUUACUAAAAUCUCUAUUAACUCAAAUCAAUAGGAAUUUUAUGAGGGUGUAUUUUUUCCCCAGUGUGAAUCGGCCUGAACAGCCAUUGGCUAGAUUGGCACUAUACCCACACUGCCCCUCACGUGCCGGGUGAGAGCUGGGUGAGUGAAGAGCUACAGUGUUUUCAGUCCGAGUCCGAAGUGCCUGGUUCAUCUCCCCAUUGACUCACAUUUGAAAUGCUUGAGAAGGGCUUCACUUACAGUGGCUGCUGAGAUUUAAUCGUCUUCAUCAUCCAGCAGCUUUGUAUCAGAGCACUUUUUCUCCCUUUUGGUACUACAGAAUAAAAAUUAAAAAGUGUUCCACACAUUAAGAAUAGGUGAGUUUAAUAUUGGAGUCAUUCUUAAAUUUAAACUGCUAAUGAAAGGAUCCUGUUAAAGUAAGUGCAAGGUGAGGGACGCUGUCAGAGGACUGAUCCUUCUCAAAGAGCACUUUCUGCAGAUUUAUGGUUCAUCAUACACACUGCAGGUGGAAUCUUUAUAAAUUGUUGAUGUACUGGGUUUUUCCUUUGACGGUUGCUUUCACAACUGCCAGCAAAGUCUGGAAGAGCGAAGAUCAUCUAUGCCAGAGCAGUGUUAUGUUAUAAAUGAGGAAACUGAGGCCCAGAUUAGCAGGGCCUUGCAGUUUGUUAGUUCUAUUCCAUUAUCAUCAUUGAGCGGCUUUAAAAACAAAGUGAAGAGGACUGGAAUCAGAGAUAAAGGCUUAUAUGACCACCAUAUGAGGAAAAUCAAAUAAUGUUCACAUUUAUUUAAUUUAUAAUGAAGACAGAUUUAUGGAGAACUAUAUUAAAAUUUGUUACCUCCAUUAUAGAAUAGAGGACUAUGACUAGGAAAAUUAGCACUCCCUUUGAGCCAACAACUUGCCAUUGUGGCAUAUUUGAGGAGUCCCAGAGACAGCUUUCUGGUCUUUUGUCCUGAAAUUGGAACAUGGUUAGUAGUCCAACACCAGGCAGAAUGCAACACCGUGCAUUCUGGUCUGAGUGCAUCAGAUUGUUGACCAAUUUGAUUAAAUAUCUCAGAACCAUUUUCAGGCUUUUAAUUUUCCUCUAUAGAUGGACUUCAUUCCAUUAAGAGCUAGCAUGUUCUUUGGGAAAUUUUAUAUUAGGUAAUGAGUUUGUAUCAAAGUUAUUUCCUUGAAUUGUUUGUGACAUAUUCAAUGAAUUAUAUGAGAAACUCAGAUUUU